AUGUCUACCUUUGGCUACAGAAGAGAGCUCAGUAAAUACGAAGACAUUGAUGAAGACGAGCUCCUCGCUUCUCUCACUGAAGAGGAGCUGAAGGAGCUGGAGCGGGAGCUGGAGGACAUCGAGCCUGACCGUAACCUCCCGGUGGGACAGCGGCAGAAGAGCCUGACAGAGAAAACACCGACGGGGACUUUCAGCCGGGAAGCACUGAUGGCCUAUUGGGAGAGGGAGACCAGGAAACUCUUAGAAAAAGAGAGAUUGGGUGCAUGCGAAAAGGACUCUGAGCAAGAAGAAGACAAUUCAGAAGAUAUUCAAGAAGAAUAUUUCACAGAAAGCAAUAGUGAAGUGUCUGAGGAGGCAUAUACUGAAGAGGACGAUGAAGAAGAAGAAGAAGAGGAGGAGGAAGAUGAUGAAGAUGACAGUAAUGAUGAGGAUGAGGAAAUACAAAAUCCUGCAGCUGGUGAAAGACCUGAGGAUGGCCGGAGUUCUGACCACAUCAGACGCAAAAAGUGUAAUGGCGCAAAGGACAACAAAAAUUUACUCAACGGCCAUGAUGGAAAAGACACCGACAAUCUGAGCUCGAAAAGCAGUGCCAUCCACCCUUGUGGAAAUCCAACAGUUAUUGAGGAUGCUUUGGAAAAAGUUAGGAGCAAUGACACCAACACCACAGAGGUCAACCUGAACAACAUUGAAAACAUCACUUCACAGAUGCUCAUACAAUUUUCUCAAGCCCUGAGGGACAACACAGUGGUCAAGUCAUUCAGUUUGGCUAACACACAUGCUGACGACAGCGUUGCAAUAGCUAUUGCUGGUAUGUUAAAGGUAAAUCAGCAUAUCACUAGUCUGAAUAUUGAGUCAAAUUUUAUCACAGGCAAAGGAGUGCUGGCCAUCAUGAGGGCUUUGCAGAAUAACAAGGUCCUGACAGAACUGCGGUUCCACAACCAAAGGCACAUCAUGGGCAGCCAGGUGGAGAUGGACAUAGUUAAACUGUUGAAAGAGAACACCACUCUGGUCAAGCUUGGGUACCACUUUGACCUUGCUGGUCCAAGAAUGAGCAUGACAAGUAUCCUGACAAGAAAUAUGGAUAAACAAAGGCAAAAGCGCAUACAGGAGCAGCGGCAACAAGAGUCUGGCUGUGAUGGAGCCAUCAAUCCAAAGACCAAAGUCUUGCAGAAAGGGACACCUCGGUCCUCACCUUACGUGUCACCUAAGAGCUCACCCUGGUCCUCUCCCAAGCUCCCUAAGAAAGCACCUCCAGUGAAAUGUCAGCCUCCAGCUCCUGCAGCCCCACCUCCC